AUGACAGCCCAAACAUUCCUCUGCUGUUUUCUCUUAGCCAUGAUCAUUUUCUUGGCUCCCACUUCUUCAGCUCAUCGGAAAAACCUAACCGUCGAGCUAAUCCACCGUGACUCUCCCCAUUCUCCACUAUACAACCCUCUCCACACCGUCUCCGACCGUCUCAACGCCGCUUUCCGCCGCUCAAUCACCCGUUCCCGCCAUUUCUCAACCAAAACCGAUCUCCAAUCCGGUUUAAUCGCAAACGGCGGCGAAUACUUCAUGGCCAUCUUAAUCGGCACUCCACCGUCUAAAGUCCUGGCCAUCGCCGACACAGGAAGUGAUCUGACUUGGGUCCAAUGCAAACCAUGUCAACAAUGCUACAAACAAAACAGUCCAAUCUUCGACAAGACGCAGUCUUCGACCUACAAAACCGAAUCCUGCGAUUCCAAAGCCUGCAACGCGUUAUCCGAAAACGAAGAAGGAUGCGACGAGUCGAGAGACAUCUGCAAAUACCGUUACUCUUACGGAGACGAAUCGUUCUCCAAAGGAGACAUCGCAACAGAAACGGUAUCCAUUGAGUCCUCCUCUGCCUCCCCUGUUUCUUUCCCCGGUACAGUCUUCGGCUGCGGUUACAACAACGGCGGUACGUUCGAAGAAACCGGCUCUGGAAUCGUCGGACUCGGAGGCGGUCCAUUAUCGUUAAUUUCCCAGCUCGGUUCUUCGAUAGGAAAGAAAUUCUCGUAUUGUUUGUCACACACGUCAUCUACAACAAACGGCACAAGCGUCAUAAACCUUGGAACCAACUCGAUACCUUCUGAACCAAGAAAAGAUUCUGCUGUGCUUACUACUCCGUUAGUCGUAAAAACCCCAAACACUUACUAUUACUUAACACUUGAAGCAAUCACCGUCGGCAAAAACAAGCUUCCGUACCCCGGAGGAGGUGGAUACGGUUUAAACGACGCUGGAAAAUCAAAGAAGGAAACCACUGGAAACAUCAUAAUCGAUUCCGGAACUACUCUCACGCUACUCGAAUCCGGAUUUUACGAUGAUUUUGGUGCGGCGGUGGAAGAAUCUGUGACUGGUGCUAAGCCUGUGAGUGAUCCACAGGGGAUUUUACCACACUGUUUCAGAGCCGGAGACAAAUCGAUCGGUUUGCCGGAGAUAACAAUGCAUUUCAAGGAAGCCGACGUGAAGCUGAGUCCGAUCAACGCGUUCGUGAAGAUGAGUGAGGACAUGGUGUGCUUGAGUAUGAUUCCGACAACUGAAGUUGCUAUCUACGGGAAUUUGGUUCAGAUGGAUUUUCUUGUCGGGUAUGACUUGGAGACGAAAGUGGUGUCGUUUCAGCCCAUGGAUUGCUCUGGUAGCUUGUGA